AGUGGCAAGAAAAACAUCUGAAAACACACAACAGAACCAACUGCGCGUAUUCAGAGUCAGUAUAGAUUUACAAGGACACCAUAGAUUAUAUCGUUGGUAGCAACAGUUCAACAGAUUUCUUGUGUUUUUUAAAGUUGCCCAAGGCGAUGGCAGCGUCUUCUUCGUCGUCCUCUGCGGGAGGUGUCAGCGGCAGCUCGGUGACCGGCUCUGGGUUCAGUGCUUCAGAGCUCAUCCCUCCCAGGAAAGUCCUGUACACAUAUCCGAAAGGCGCAGGUGAAAUGAUGGAAGAUGGCUCUGACAGAUUUUUAUGUGAGUCUGUAUUCAGUUACCAAGUGGCCUCCACGCUUAAACAGGUUAAACACGAUCAACAAGUAUCUCGAAUGGAGAAACUUGCGAGUUUGGUGGAGGAGCUGGAAGCAGACGAAUGGCGGUACAAACCAAUAGAACAGCUCUUGGGAUUUACACCGUCUUAAAUAAAGAGAUGCCUUUGGUUAAUAAAUCAGAAGGAGAUGGUUUAUUUCAGAUCAUAACUUCUAUUCCUUCUUUAUAGUUUUAUUCUGUAUCAUAAAUAUUAUCCGGAGAUACCGAAUGUGAGAUGUAUUAUUUAAUCACUUUGUAUGAGCAUGCUUUUCUUUUUUUAAAAAAACAACUUAUUAAAGCAUAUAACAACAAAGCACUGUCUACAAAAAUUGUGUUUAUAUACUAUUAACUAAACAAUUCAGAAUGUUGUAAUAGGUUAUUGAUAUAUUUUUAAACUGGUUUAAGCUGUUUUCCAAUCUGCUCUUUCCCUUGGUGCAAAAGGGAAAUAAUAUCUUUGGUAAUAAAUCCCUUGAAGUGAGGCAUUGUGUUUCCACACAGCUGCACUGUAACUCAUAAAUCUGAAAACCUGCUGCCUGCUCAGUCUCUCCUCCUCAUCGCUGCUCGUUCCAGCGCAACAAAGAGAGCUUGUAAAUAAAGUCAUAUACUUGUCA